GACUCUGUGGAAUUGCGACAAUUCUUAUGAGAGAUUCCUUGCCACGUCCAGACAGGUGUUGGACUUCCCGAUACCCUCCGGGUUUAGCAUGACCGUGUCCUCGAAGAAUACUGAAAACAGCUUCACCUCCAUGUCCAUCUCGCAGCUCGGAGAGCUCGCAGGCUCUCUCUCGUACAUGUACAGCUCUGUUGAUCUUGCUUCCGUGUAUAACGACACAGCCUCUGUUUCGCUGCAGUCCAUGUUUGAAGGAUAUCGUUUGCUUUCGUCUCCCAGGAUUUCCAACUAUAGCCAAAGACCAACACUGCUGUACGGAAAAAUGUAUUUCCCGUCGCAAUUUCUGGAGGGCAUGUUUAUCAAAAGGCUCUCUGAAAACUCUCAGCUGCUGAUCAAGUUCAUCAACACGCCCAAGCUGAACAAGCUGUACAACUCUACGACCAUAAUGAACAUCUGCUACCAACGCCAAACACCCAAGUCUGCGCAGGAGUACGUUUUCUCCACCAACGAGGCGCUCUUUGGCCUUCGCUACAUAUACAACCUGGGCGCACCCACUCCUGCGGCAGACGCGUCGCUAUUUUCAGUUGGCUGCGAGUUGUGGUGCGCUGCCCAGUCGCUGGCUCCAGGAAUGUCGACCGGACUUCGCUACUCCACACACCUCACGUCCUCUGGCAAACCACUCACGAUGACUCUGGUAAUCAAUCCGCUGUUGGGUUCGAUCGAAUCCACGUACGCCAUCAAGACCAGCGUUCUGUCAACCUUUGUGUCAAAAUACAACUUCAACGUGUACUCGUACGAGAGCGAUCUGUCGCUAGGAUGUCAUCUGUGGCGACUGUCGGACGAAAACAAGUCUGUGACGGACGAACGCUUUAACAAGCUGAAAACCGAGCAACAGAAAGAACUGGUGGAUAGUUUCAUGCACAUAGAUCCAGCACACAUGCUGUCGGAGACUAACUCCACCAGAUUAUUUAUCAGCCAGCACCAGACGUCGGACUUUAGCAGCAGUCUCAAAUGCGCCACCAGCUUGAACAAACAGCAAGUCAGUCUCCUCUGGGAGGGGCGUUUCAAAGAUUGGCUGUUGUCGACAGGCGUCAAGUUUGACUACAAAGACAUGAAUCCCAAAAGUCUUGGGUACGGACUAGAACUCCAAUUUUCAUCUUAAUAUACACUCUAUCUACUCG